GCGCCAGUUUAGUCUCAGCUGCGCCGUGAACGUCCGCGGCGCGCCGUGAGUGUCCGUGCCGCGCCGUGACCGUUAGUGCAACUGCAGAGCUGUUUGUGGAGGAUUUUUGGAACGCAAUGAGGAGCACAGGAUGCGUGGUGCUGUUUGUUUUGUUCAUCUCACUGAACGGCAUUGAUGCCGAGCAAACUCGCCCGAAGCGCCAGUAUGGAGCACCGCGACCGUCAGGAGGGGGACAGCAACAGAAACAGCCGUCACCGUCCUACGGCUCCCCCGCCCCCGCUCCCGCUCCCGCGCAGCCGCCCUCCUACCAGGGUUUCCAGAUCCCCUCAGCCGCUCCGAUAACCCCGACCAAUAACCAGCAGAGUUACGGUCAGCGUAGCGAGCCGAAAAACAGGCAACAGUACGGAACACCCAAACCACAGCCUAAACCCCAGUAUGGCACUCCUAAGCCUGCGCCCAAACCUCAGCCCCAGUAUGGAGCUCCUGUUCCUCAGCCGAAACCUCAGCCCCAAUAUGGAGGUCCUGCCCCUUCUCCUGAACCAAAGCCUCAGCCCCAGUAUGGGGCUCCUGCUCCUCAGCCGAAACCUCAGCCUAAACCCCAGUAUGGAGGUCCUGCCCCUGCUCCUGAACCAAAGCCUCAGCCCCAGUAUGGAGCUCCUGCUCCUCAGCCGAAACCUCAGCCUAAACCCCAGUAUGGAGCCCCUCCUCCUCAACCUGAACCUAAGCCCCAAUAUGGAGGUCCUGCUCCUGCUCCUGAACCAAAACCUCAACCCCAGUAUGGAGCUCCUGCUCCUCAGCCGAAACCUCAGCCUGAACCCCAGUAUGGAGCCCCUGCUCCUGCUCCCGAACCUAAGCCCCAAUAUGGAGGUCCUCCCCCUGCUCCUCAACAUAAACCUCAGCCCCAAUAUGGAGGUUCUGCCUCUGCUCCUGAAUCAAAACCCCAGCCCCAGUAUGGAGCUCCUGCUCCUCAGCCGAAACCUCAGCCUAAACCUCAGUAUGUAGCCCCUGCUCCUCAACCUAAGCCCCAGUAUGGAGGUCCGCCUCCUGCUCCUGCUCCUAAGCCCCAGCCCCAGUAUGGAGCUCCUGCUCCUGAGCAGAAGCCCCAGCCUCAGUAUGACUCUCCUAAACCUCAGCCUAAGCCUCAGCCCCAGUAUGGAGCCCCUGCUCCCGAGCCAGAACCUAAGUCCCAGUACAAUGCCCCAGCGCCCCAGCAGUACAGUGCCCCUGCGCCUGCGCCUGCUCCUGCCCCAGCGCCCCAGCAGUAUAACGCUCCUGCCCCAGCCCCUGCCCCUCAACAAUACAGUGCCCCUGCCCCUUCACCCGCUCCUCAACAGUACAACGCUCCUGCCCCAGCCCCUGCCCCAGCGCCACAGCAGUAUAACGCUCCUGCCCCUGCGCCCGCGCCCCAGCAGUAUAAUGCCCCUGCCCCCGCCCCUGCCCCCCAGCAGUACACUCCCUCUGCUCCCUCCCCUGAGCCCCAACAAUACAAUGAGCCCGCCCCUGAGCCCACUCCUCAACAAUACAACGCUCCUGCCCCUGCCCCUGCCCCGCAACAAUACAACGCCCCUGCCCCUGCCCCCGCCCCUGCGCCCGCGCCCCAGCAGUAUAGUCCACCUGCUCCCGCUCCCAUGCCAAGCCAGAGUUACGGACAGCCGGCAUCGCAGCCAUCAUACCAGUCACAGCAGCAGGAGGGUAAAGGUAACGACGAGGCAUCAUCAGAAUACGGCCCGAAGUACCGCGACCCCGGCCAGGGCGAGCCCGGCCAGGGAGGCUUCAUCAUGCCCUGGGACGUGCCGCAGCCCAUCCAGACAGCACUCAAGAGCGGUCUGAAACCAGGCUGGUGAGCGAGGUCACCGCCGUGGCAGCACGGGUUUGUGUCAUCGGUGGUGUGAGAAAUGUUCAAUAGAUGGCGCUGCAAGAAUGGGCGGUUGGAAUAUCAAUGUAAACUGUUGGGUGGAGUGAUUGCUAAGCAUGAUGUGAUCAGUGGCUACAUGAAUCACAUGUGCGCUGCUGUAUUGUGAGCGAUUUGAAUAUGCGUUUGAAUGUAGCGACUGCUUAUUCGGAAAAUGCUCUAACUGAAGUGAAAUGUGAAUGGAACGACAGAUUUUCAGUUGCUUUAUUAUUGGCGAUAAGGAAGAAAUUAUGGAGAGAAAAUGUUUUUCGUAGAAGCUUAGAGAAUGCUAAGGAACAAUCGAAUGUUACAUUUCACUUCCUUGUACCCCAGGGUUCGAGUCCUGUUUGUAUCAUUAGUAAGUGUGUUUGUGUCACAUCAAGUAUUCGUAGUGAGUAAUCCUAUUUAUGGCAUCGUCUUUCAUAUGGCGGUAGUGGUCGAAGUUAUUCGAAACAUCUGACGAAAUACACAAAACAUCAUGUCAAA